GUUCAGUUGGUCACAUUGGUAUAUAAAUCGAAUGCAUGGUGAGCAAUGUCAAAGUACUCGUAUACAAUUGUUGCGAAUUAUUGCUGGAUGCUAUGGAAUAUAUGUUUCAUAGCAGGUUGCUGCUAUGGAAUGAAUUAAUCGUUGAUUUUAAUUGUUAAGAUCGAUGGUUGUGUAUUUUUCUACUAAGCCGCAAAGACGUUAACUAUGGAGUUAAAAGUCAAACAGCUGCAAAUAUAGGGUUUAAAUUUCUUAUUCCUACAUGGAAAAGCAGAGACGCCGUGGAACGGAAGACCACCCUCCUUCUCAAGAAGUCAUCACUUCCAGAGGAGGUCACCAACAGCUAAGCCCCCAUGGUUCGAGGCCCCCUAGACUGUAUGGGCUACCUAAGAUCCACAAGGAAGGAGCUCCUCUCAGGCCCAUCGUAAGCACCAUCGGCGCCCCAACCUACCGGUCUGCCCAAUAUCUUGCGGGACUACUCGGUAGAUUGGUGGGGCACUCUCCACGUCACGUGAAGAACUCCACCGAAUUCAUCAAUACCAUCAAGUCGCUCCAUGUGGGCCCUGGGGACAUCAUGGUCGGUUUCGAUGUCGUGUCUCUCUUCACCAUGGUACCCGUUGGUGAAGCCCUACGUCUCCUGGAACGGCACUUCAAUGGAGACGUCUUUGGGCUGUUCCAUCUUGUACUAACAUCAUCCUACUUCAAGUUCGGCGGCCAGUUCUAUGAACAGACCUACGGUGUGGCUAUGGGUUCCCCACUAUCACCUGUCAUUGCCAAUUUCUUCAUGGAGCAUUUUGAAGAAAUGGCGAUGGACGGGGCGACCUUCAAGCCCCUCUGUUGGUUCUGUUACGUGGACGACACAUUUGUCAUCUGGCCCCAUGGUCCUGGCAAGCUCGCGGAGUUCCUCAACCACCUCAACAGUAUUCACAAGAGCAUCCAGUUCACCAUGGAGACAGAAAAGGAUGGCCAUCUCCCAUUCCUCGACAUAGAUAUCCACCGGAAACCUGAUGGCUCAUUAGGCCACAAGGUUUACCGGAAACCAACUCAUACUGACCUUUACCUCAAUUCCAAUUCCCGUCCAACAAACAGGCUGUACUUUCUACCCUGGUACACAGGGCCAAGGCCCUUUGUGGCCAUGAGAGCCUAAAGGGUGAACUGGGGAUACUCACCACCACCUUCAAGAAAAACGGAUACAGCAACCAACAGAUCCAGAGAGCUCUCAAUCCGCCUGCGAGGCUGUCACCGCCUCCUGAAAAACCAGCCUCGGUUGCCUUCCUGCCCUACAUCGGAAUGACCUUCAACCGCAUAAGCAGGCUGCUGGCCAGGCACAACAUCAAGUCUGUUGGUCUUCCGCCAAAGAAAAUUCCCAGUUUUCUCCGGCUGGUCAAGGACGACCUAGGACUGAAGAUGCCUGGCGUAUACAGCAUUCCUUGUGAGUGCGGUAAAGUCUACAUCGGUCAGACGGGCCGUUCCGUUGAGGCCAGGAUCAGGGAGCAUGAGCACCACAUCUGGAUCGGGCAGCCUGAAAAAUCUGCGGUUGCUGAACAUCACUUCAACAUGGAACACUGCAUACAGCUCGGGGACACUUCUAUCCUCUCCUCAAAAACUGGCUACAUGGAUCGGAUAAUCAGGGAAGCCAUCAAGAUCAAAUUACAUCCCGAUAACUUCAACAGGGAGGAUGGGCUUUACCUGAGCCGGUCCUGGAAGCCUCUUAUUCACACUCUUCAAGGACUCCGAGAGUGAGCAAGAGUGCACUGCCAGAAACAACCAGACCACUAACAUGGCCCUUUCCAUUCAACCGAACUCCACCUUUCUCUCUCUACUUUCUUUCCCUCUCUCACACUCGCCCACACACUCCUAUUGGUCCACUCCCAUGCCUGCUCCCAUUGGCUCGGGGCAGGCUACACCAUUCACAUUCCGGCACCUAUAAACCUAGCCCCACACACCCUAUUGGCUUAUUCAUCGCCAUGAUGACGGAGGCAGUAUGACCUCUGAAACGUUGGUUAACAUCGACCAGUCUACACAGCGCAACAACCCAGAAGACAGAAAUAUUCAUACUCACCACUGUGAAAACCUCAAAUCUUACACAGUAAUACAUUGAUUACAGUCACUGCUACUAAAAAUCAGUCACCACCAGUUUAUCAAUAUCUGAAAUAGUAAUGAUUGAAGUUGCAGUUUACAUUUCACUGCCUAGAUUAAACUGUAAUAAACAGCUGCAGUAGGUAGCUAGGUGGCCAGUAACUUAUUUGGCACUGGAGGAAUUUUAAUUUGUCUCUGCAGAGAGAAAUGGCAAUUAUACAACUUUAAAUUGAAAAAACAUAUUCUUUACAAGUAUAUCUAAAUAUAACUGAGUAUUAUAAAAGAUAUAUUGUUAGGAGAUGAUAGUCUCAUUGGCCAAUAAUUAAAUUAUUUUAUAAAUAAAUUACUUCAUCUCACACAACAAGCAACAAAUAUUUAUGCUGAAUAAUUGAAUAGCUCCCCAGAACAAAGUUGUAACCAGGAAAAUAUUUCUUAGAAAAUAAGAAGAAAUUAUUUAUGCUAAAUUUUUCAUAAGAAUCUACUUAAAUACAUGCAUUAUAAUCACUGUUGACAUCAAUAAUCUUACAGUUUCAUUUUUAUAAGAUUCCUGAAGAAUUUGGAGAGGAACAAGUACGUAAGGAAUAACAUUUAUGGAACAAGGUUGUAUACCAUCUUGUUACACUAUUCUCUCAGCCUCUUAACUUUAUGAGGGACAAAUUUCCAUUAAGUCUGAGAAGAAAAAAGAUCUCAUAGACAUAUGCAAGUGUAUACCUGCAGAAUUCUGUGUAUUCGAUGAGAACCUAUCAGUUGAAUAAGUACUAUAAAAUACUUGUAUUUCAUUGAAUUUGCUGUAAAAAUGUUCUCGUAUAUUAAGAUAUCAGAUUGCAUUCGUUUGCUUUUUUGUUAAGUGGUAUGUUGUCUUUAUUACAAAUAUUUGCUGUGAAAAUGUUUAGCUAAUAAUGCCAUUCCAGAGUUAAGUGCAUGUUAAAACAAUGUUAUGUACAAAGCCAAUUUAAUAAAGUGUGUUUCCAAUAAAAUAUACUCAUUUUUCAUUCA